UAUGCUCACAUCCACUAACUCCACACAAGACACUCAAAUUACAUGGUCAUAGUGUACACCUAGUUAGGCAAACACACCAAACACCAAACACCAAACUAGUUGGCUCAAUUCUCUUUGAAUGGCUUUGGAGGCUUUGAAUUCACCAACAGCAGCCACCACUCCGUUCCGUGGCUACCAAGAAGAGGAGGAGGAGGAGGAGGCUGACCUUCACUUACGUGAGCCUUGGGCUAAAAGGAAACGCUCCAAACGACCGCGUUUUGAGACGGAGGAAGAGUACCUCGCUCUUUGCCUCAUCAUGCUCGCACAAAGCGGUACCACCAGAAACAUCCACAACAACAACACCCAAUUACCGUCUUCUUCACUGUCAGACAAAGAAGCGUCGCCGCCGGUGAAACUAACACACAGGUGCACCGUUUGCAACAAGGCCUUUGGUUCUUAUCAAGCACUCGGUGGACACAAGGCCAGCCACCGCAAGGCCUCGUCGGAAUCCAACCCCACCGCCUCCGUCUCUGCCCUAGCCAACGACAGCGUUUCUGCUUCCACCGUCGGCGGCGGAAGGAUGCACGAGUGUUCCAUCUGUCACAAGAGUUUCCCUACCGGUCAGGCCCUGGGUGGCCACAAGCGCUGCCACUACGACGGCGGGAACAACCACAAUAACAGCAACGCCAACGGAAACAACAGCAGCGGCGCCACUACCUCCGACGGCGGCGCUGCCUCCUCCUCCCACACGCUCCGUGGGUUUGACCUGAACCUUCCGGCGCCGCUGACGGAGUUCUGGUCGCCGAUGGGGUUUGAUUUCGGGAAGAAGAAGGUAGGCGGUGAACAAGAGGUGGAAAGCCCGUUGCCGGUAACCGCCAAGAGGCCGCGUUUGUUUACAGGGGAAGAUGAUGAAACCGCGUAGAUUUGUUUGCAGAAUUUUAUUUUAAAUUGAUUGAAAUUGAAUUUGUUGCUGGUAUAUCGCGAAUAUGAUUAUGAAUUCAAACCAGUUAGUUUAAUUUUCAUUUUAUGUUUUUUUUUAGUAUAUAGGUGGGAUUGGGAUUUUGUUUCUGCUACUCUGUACAGACAAAUUUUGUUCAUUGCUUUUGGACUCUUCUUUGUCAUUGAUUCAAUCUAACAAUUGCUUUCAUCAGUAAUGUUUAUGCCAAAGAUAAAUAUAAGUUAAUUCCCAUCA